UGAUAAACCCAAAUUAAACAAUCAUCAAUCAAUCACCAAUCUCAAAACUUUUUUUUUUUUUUUAUAGUUUUGAGUGUUGUGUAAUCAAUGGAAUUCUUCCAAAAUGCCAAAGUUGUGCGCCUAAAGAGCUACCAUGACAAGUACUUAAUGGCAAACGGUGAUGGAGAGACCAUUUAUCAAGACCUCCAAGGAUGUUAUGACAAUGCCAAAUGGACGGUCGAGAUUUUGAAUCAUGAUGAUAACAACUUGAUCCGAUUGAAGAGUUUUUUUGGGAAUUAUUUAACAGCCACCAAUAUCCCAUUCCUAUUAGGAUCUGCCGGCAAGAAAGUCAUGCAACAACCACUUCCUUCAAAUUUGUUGAAUUCUUCAUCAUUUGAAUGGGAACCCAUAAGAGAUGGGAUGCUGGUGAAACUCAAGACACGUGACGGCGGCGGAUUCUUGCGAGCCAACGAUUUCCGGCUACGGCCGUGGAAGAACUCGGUCACACACGACAACCCUCAUAGAACUGCAACAGCAAAUUGGAUUCUUUGGGACGUGGAAAUUGUGGAGUCAAGAGAACAAGAAUCCGAUGAUAAACCAAUUGAGCACAGAGAAUUAGAUAAAAAUAGAUCACCAGAAAAAAGAUGGAAGAAUUAUAUUUUAUGACCAGAAAAAACAAGGUAACAAUCAUAUACACUCUGAAAAAUUCAUCGGACAAAGAAAUAUUCAGGAAAAAGUGUUAGAAUUUGAGGAGAUGCUAAAGAAAA